AAAAGCAGCAAUCCCCCUACUCUCUACAAAAGCAUUCACUGUUGCCUCCAUGAAGAUUGCUGUGGAGGCAUUCCAUCAUCAUUUCAAGGUACUGUAAGGUUAACCAUUUCCAGAACUGACAGUCAGACUUGCAUGUCAAUCAAACGUUCCUCAUACACCAGAAGUAGUUCUGUGGAAAUUGGCUAGGGCUGUGAGUACAUGUGAGGGGCUUUCUCAAGUAGUCUUUCUAGGUUGUCCUCUUCGUCUGGCCCCACGCUGAGAUGAACAAGGUGGUUAGAAGGGGGGUCAGCUAAACACCCCACUUGUUCAUGUUUUGGUUUAUUUGUCAGGGACCAUAUACAGUGGGGAGAACAAGUAUUUGAUACACUGCAGAUUUUGCAGGUUUUCCUACUUACAAAUCAUGCAGAGGUCUGUCAUUUUUAUCAUAGGUACACUUCAACUGUGAGAGACGGAAUCUAAAACAAAAAUGCAGAAAAUCACAUUGUAUGAUUUUUAAGUAAUUCCUUUGCAUUUUAUUGCAUGACAUAAGUAUUUGAUCACCUACCAACCAGUAAGAAUUCCCGCUCUCACAGACCUGUUAGUUUUUCUUUAAGAAGCCCUCCUGUUCUCCACUCAUUAGCUGCAUGUAUGAAAGUGUGUGUGAAAGUGUAAAUUAGUUUCUCUACUAUGAGCUCAUUAUUAUCUACUUGUCCUGCAACAGCACCAGUCACCUGGCUAAGUUUCCUUUUGAGAGAGGAGUGGAUGGAGAGCGUGAGUGAGAGGUGGUGUGAGCUUGUCACAGACCUACUCAGUGUGUGUGGUUGGAAGCUGUGGGUUCCAGUAACCCAGGUUUUUAUAAGACUGAGAUGCUCAGAUAGAAGCACACACCUCCUGCACACAAAGGCGACACACACACUCACGCUCCUCUCUCACACACUUUGCACCAUGAGCGGUACACAGGGCUAUCCUUACCCCCAGGUGUUUCUAGUGGACAGUGGUAGAGGUCCACAGCCGUCUCCACAGCCGUCGGUCCAACCUCCAGGCAUGCUGCCCUGCUGGUCCUUCCCUCCUGCCCACGAGAGAGUGAUGGAGCGGGGCAGGGUCAGAGGCUGCAGGGGGGUUGGCUCCUGGAGCCUGGCUAUGGCUCUGCUGUUUCUGCUGCUGCUGGUGUUUGGAGCAUUGGGACUGGGUGCCUACCAAAUAUUCAAACUACAGACGCAACUCGAUGGGAUACAACAGGAAAUGAACAUAGAGAUCGAUGGUCGUGGGCCUGAGAAGCUAGUGGGUGACCUUCCAGAGAUCAAUCCAAACAGAGGGAAGACAGCCGGCAGACCUGCAGCACAUGUUAUAGGUCGGAUUGAGAAGCAUGUUUCACAGAAUACCUUGCGUUGGGAGCCAAAGGCGGGGCGGGCCUUCACAGAGGGGGGCGUGGUCUAUCGGGAUGGCGGUCUGCAAGUCAACGAGACUGGGCUCUACCACAUCUACUCCCGGGUGCAGUUUGAAGCCAAUCACUGCACCCCUACAGAUGCCUUGGUUCACUCUGUGUUUGUAAAAAGGCCAGGGAAUCGCAAGUCUCUCACCCUAAUGGAGGGGCACAGGGAGGGCUACUGCAACCUGGGCUCUCAUGGGCAUGUCUGGACCUCGGGGAGUUACCUGGGAUCCACACUGAAGCUUGAAAAGCAGGACUGGCUGUAUGUGAAUGUCUCCCAUCCAGCCAUGCUCAGCCACGCUCAUCAUGCCAACUUCUUUGGACUCCACAAGAUCUAGAGAACAGGAGGAGAUCUGUUUCAUGUCUAUUUUCUGGCCAAUGACCAUUAUAUUUUGGCAGAACAGUAAUGGCAGUGUAAUGAGCAUUCAUUUAUUUAUUUGUGAUGUUAGAGGUGCAGUGGGUUUCAACUGAUAUUUCAAUCCGAGAACCUUAACACUAAUAUGCUGGUGAGGAAAGUGGUAUUUAGUAUUUAUUCUGAUAAAAAAAUCUGACACUGAUGAUCCCAGCAGCAGGUCUGAAUGUAUGUUCAUUAGAACACAGAGAAAUAAUAUGCAUGUUUGGGAUUUAAUAUAAUGUCAACGGGUAUACAAUGUUCUAUUGUAAUAAAUAAGUAUUUUAAA